UGGCGGCGGCGGCGUCGCCGUAUUAUCGAUCGCGUGGUGCGCGACGCCGCAAAAGCUGACCGUCACCACACCUGCUACAGUGAGUGUUCGCGUUCUGCCGGUUCCAUCGCAAGUACCUUUUUGGAACUCUCGCCGUUCCGCCGACAACAUACCAUAUUUUCAUCACUGCCAUUUAUUCCGUUUAGUGAAAUUGAAAGAGAUCAAAAAUGAUUAUCGGACUGGUCAGAGAAUCUGUAAUGCAGUGCUUCUGCCAUACCUGCAGAGCACCGCUACCACCUGCUGUACAUAGAAGACAGGCCUCUAUUGGAAAAGUUAAAACGAAACCGCGGACACAUCAGCCAAAGAAAGUCAAGUUUGUGUCAACUGAAGUUCGUUGCCAAGAGAAAACGAGGGGUGGAUUGUGCUAUGAAGUAAUUCUCAGCGAACCGGAGGUAAAGGCGACUCCGCCCAAAAGACCCAACUCUCCGAACAACAACAAGAAUGUUUCAAUUCAAGAUAUCGAGGAUAAACUUCGAGCUGCCGAAGAACGUCGACAGCAACUGGAAUUGAAUAAAGUCGCAGCUCUCUCUGCUCAAAUAAUGAAAAUUGAGGAGGCUUCUCGCAAGAAAGAUGAACAAACUAAUAAUUUUAUAUCUGUAACGCGUGAUGCUCUCGAACAAAAAAUGGAAACUCACAUCGGCAAGCGUGAGGCGUAUAUUCACGAACUGAAAUCUAAGAUGAAGGAUCAUAUUGAUACCGUAGAGAAGACCAGAUUGUCUUUGGAACAACAAUGUGAUGAAGUACGAUCGGCUUUAGAAGAAAAAAUGAACUCCGCCUCUCAUCAACGCGAUGAGAACAUCAAGAAGAUGCUGGAACGUCUGAAAGCCCAUGAGGAGCAAGUCCACCGUGUAAAAGCUAGUAACGCGGAGAAAUUCCAACAACUCGAAACCACCAUUCAGGAAAAAUUAGAUCAGGCGAAAUUAAGACGCGAACAGCUCGAGCAGGAACAAAAAGACAAAUUGCGCACGCAUAACACACGUGCCGUUGAAAUAAAAUCUUUCCAAGAAAUUCGCAAAACCGAAGUUUCCACAAAAAUGGAAACAAAAUUAAUGUCUGCCGAACAAAAAAGAGAAAAGGAAAUUCAGCGUAAAUUGGAAGUUGUUAAAAAAAAUAAUGAACGCCAAGAGGAAAUCAAGGAGAAUAUCGAAGUAACUGAAGAAGUUUUAAAGACUGAAAGAAGUAAACGUUUAGAGACCAAACUUACUGCCGCCGAACUAAAUCGUGAAAAGGAAAUUCAGCGUAAGCUCGAAGUAAUUAAGAAAAACGAACGGCGAGCUGAAAUUGUGCGCCAGAACAAGGCCAACAAUGUUAGUGAACCUCAAACCAUUGCCUCGUCUGGUUAAGCAUAAGCAAAUAUUUGUAGUUUCUUAAAUACUUACUAGCUUUUAUUUGUAAAGUUUGGCAAGUGCUGUCUUCUUAAUAACUAAUAAUACAUGAACAAUAUAUAUCAAACAUUGCAUUAAGCAGUAUUGUUUGUAGACUGAGAGUUUUCAUGUUUUUUUUACCAUUAACGUUAAUUUUGUUUUUUAUUUUUUUCUUAAUAAAUAAUCAUUACUA